AUGGUACGGUUUGCUGCGCCAGUUAUAUCCAGCGCGGCUGUUGCACGAGCUUCUCAGGUUAACAACCAGCGAGCGAGAACUCUAUUAAACUCAGAGCUUUCUGAUGUUACGAAUACGCGGCGUGGAAGGCCAGUAAGGUUGCCUUCUCUCUAUCCUACAAUAUCACUUCAAUCUUUACACUCGCGAGAAAAUGGCCUAGACUCUGAUCAAUCAACAGGAGCACCUUCUUCGCAAGAUAACAAUCAUGAACCAAAGCAAGGGGCCAAAGUUAAAAGUUCUUCUUUGGUGGUCGGAGCUGCCGGCAUUUUGAGGGCUGCCACGGCGUUCGCUGUAGAUAACACAACAGCAGAAGCAACAGUUCAACAAGCAGAAGAACAAAUAGAAGAGCCAAAAUGCGAGGUAAAUAACUUCCGUAUCUGGCUUCUUUACUUUUCCACAUCGGCUAUAAUCGUGGGCAUGCCUAUGAGCGUGUUUAGCACAUAAAAUUCGAUUUUUUUUUCUGUCGCAUGGUAUAUUGGCUUUAUAACUUUCUUGUUGUCAUGUAAGGUGGCGACCAAUUGAGUCACAAACAUUGAUAUCUAUUAUGUCAGGUCAGCUGUUAAUUUUCCCCUCUUCCUUAGUCUGCAGGCAAAACAAAGAUAUCUUAUAUUAUUUUUCUUAAACAUUUGUUUUCUUCAACUUCCGACGCUAGAGUUUAGGAGAAAAAGCUUUAAGCUGGCUGCUGCGCUUUGUAUUAAACCAAGCUGUUUUAUUCUUUGCCAUUUCCUCCGUCAUAAAGCCGACAGCCUUAAUUGUUUUACUGUUUUCCGUAAAUAUGCCCGCUUCAAGCUAAUAAAAGGCUUUUUCUCGACGGGCUAGUCAGUAGUAAGUUCAUUUAUCUUUUUUCUAGCUUUUGUUUCUGUUUUGUGAGAAUUUUGUGCUUUUAAGUUGCUGCUUACUUUUUUAGUGUGUGAUCAAUUUCUCAGUGUAUCCAGUCUGUUUUACCUAGAAUUAUUUGGUGUAUAUCGGCUUCUACUCAUGGAGAAGUCUUGGGAGCAAUAAUUGUAAGAGCAAUUAUUUUUACCAUGUCAAAACACAAAACGAUUUACAAUAUAAUCGAGGCCAUCUUUUCACAUCUCGUUCUGUUAGAACCUUGUACAAAUACUCAGCUUAAGCACGUGAAUAUUCACAUUGAAAUCGAGUGUUUCGGUUUGGUGAUUUUCCUUAGGACCGUUAUAAGCUACAUGAAAGCACUCGUAAAAAAUCCUCUUUUCGAUCUCAAAAUAAUGAGUGGGUAUCAGCAAACUAUAUGUUCGGUACUACUGUGAAUGCUAGAAACCAUCUAGUAAGGCGCUUUUAACGAGGAACACAAAAGUUUAGUCUUCUGGUUACCAUGGCAGCAGGCUACUUCUCUUUCCUUUCUCUUCAUGACACAGCAGUUUUUACGUAAAAAUGUUGUUGUGUCUUUAUCCAUAAUUAUAUAUAUUUUUGUCAAAUUUAAGGGUUGUUCAAACCUAGGAUAUGAAGACAUGAAAUACGACCAAACGCUUUUUUAUCCCUGCUUUUUACCGACGACGUAAGCUCCAGUCGUAUAUUAAAGUCAUUCUUUGCUCGUACAAAAUUUUAAUGCGCUCAAUUCAGGACAGCUAACAAAUCAAGUUUGUUUUAUGUAACGGGAUUUUUUUUUCUUUAUCGAACGGCUUUUUGAAUCCAUAAAAUGUUCGUUAAGAUGUCUACAGUAGCUACAAUCUGCCACGCUGAAGAAGCAACGUUUACUGACGCACUGAAGAGAAGCCGAAUACUGUUUACAUUUCCUUUUGUUUUAAUUCAAAUUAAAUAGCAGGAUCGCAUUCUGAACACAAUUUUGAAUUGCCUUUUAAAGUUCCCCUCGUCUUUGAAAAUAUUUUAGUCGUAGCUUUAAUGGUCAUGUUUGCCGCUAUUUAAUUAUCCACCGUGCCUGCAGUGGGUUUCAAAUCUAGAAAGCGUGGUGUUAUAUUAACAUGUAAAUGUUUAGUUACAUUCGAGCAACGUCUGUGUUAUAAUCAGGAUUCACAUCAGCUGCCGGCUGCGUGCAUUAAUGCGUCUUCUGCGUGCAUAUGUUUAUUUUAAUUUUGAAAGGUGUUUUAAGCUCUUGAAAUAACAGAGUGUGUUUGUUUUCCUAACUUUUUUUAAAAAAAAACUGGUUUUAGCUCUUAACUUUACCGUCCAACCCGUUUGGACUCGGUCAACUACUACUUCAACAAAUACUAGAUCAACGACAUCGAUGGUAUUAUCGUGUUGACUUGAAAAUAACUGUUUCAUGUGAAAAAAAUCUUUUGUCAAACUGUACGGAUUUUUAGUUUGAGCAACAACCAGCCAAAGUCCUGAAACGUCCGACAACGAACACUUUCGUCAAGAACUAAACUGAAAUUUGAUCAAUGUUAAGCAAACUUGACAGUUUUUCACUUUAUAGCAUUAGAUCUGACCAAGUUACUCAACUUAAUUGCCUGUGAAAAUGGGUUAGUCUUUCCAGUUAAUAUUAUGCAUUAAUUAAACUAACCCAAAUAGAAGGCCUAUAAUUCAAACGAAAUCAUCAUUUCUUUAAAAUGGCCCAGUUGUCGCAGUAUAGUCGAGAUUUCUGAGACACUUCUUUGAUUCUCUUUUUAAAACUAUUUAUCAAGCUACAAAUAAACUUGAACCUUUGAGGGAAAUAAGAUAUCUUUCCAACAGCGUUUUCAUAGCUGCCGACUUUUACGAGCAGUUUGUGUCAGUUGCUCUUUUAAAAGAAAAUAUCAAAGAAACGGUCGUUUAGUUUUUGGUACAAUUUGUUUCUCAUCGCCUCUUAUUGAUCUUACAAAGAACAUAAGAAGGCUGGAGACGAAAUUCGGCACAGAUUCAGCCAAGUCAAUUGUGUUUACGAGGAAAGAGUUAUUAGUUCUGAUUUUCAUGUAGUCUUUUGGAUCGCCUCUUUGGGACAAUCAUGACAUUUCGGACAAAAAUAUGGAAAACAAGGUUGAAGUAAGGUUGAAGCAUGAUUCAUGAUUAUGACGCCCAGGCGCGCGCCGGCCGUCACCACCCACCAUAGACCCUAAGCCGGUAACAGAAAUAGAUCAAGAUUAAAAAAAACUUUUUUAACACUUAAUGUAAUACUAAUGAAAAGAUGAGACACUGAAUUGAGAAGCAAGAGUUGCGGAAUAUAUCACACGGACUGAGUCUAUUAAUGACGCCGUUUCAGCUGCGCCGGUUUUUCACCGCGGCUUUAAUUUUGAUAUCUUUUGCAUCCCUUUUAUGAUAAUUUCUUGACAGUUGCUUUAUUUCAAGAGUUUUGAACAUAUCGAAACGUAUAUCCUUCUUCCCAAGUGUCAACAACCAAAUCAGACUUAUAGUACUAAAAGUAAAAAAAUCAGACAAAGUGAGUACUAUUACACUAAAACGGACGAGCUCUUCUCACGAAAACAGUUAAUUUUUCGAGCUAUCAAAAGUAAACAACAAAUAUAUAAAAUAAGGCUAAAGAGAUCUAAUAUGCUAAAUUGUGUGGUAAUUUUUGUUAUGCUUUAACAAAUACCGUAAUGUAACCAGAAGGUUUGAAAUAAGGGUAUACUUUAAAAAGUCCUGUCAUAGUCUUCUUUUUAGGUUCACUCAAGAACCCCACCACUAAAUUGCGAUUUACAUUGCGAUUUUCAUCCUUUUCUCGGGAAACUGAAGAUGCGAUCGCUAAGUAUAGAUUUUCUCAUUGAAACUUUAUUUUGUCAUUGGGAUGACACCACCCUUGUGUCUUUUUUUCUUUUUCUUAAACCAGAUACCUGGUUUUACGGUGUUCUAGAGUUCACCUGGGCAACAAAAUUUUGCGGAAAAGAAUGUCAAGUUUAUUAUUGGAGAGGCUAAAUAUAAUCGCUUUCCCGCCUAAAGUGACAAAAAAAAUGACGACCAUUUUCAUUGCAACGGGUCAGCUUUUAUCAACAUAAACCACACAAUCGGUUUGGUUCUAUAAUACGACCGAGUUGGCCGCAAACUGUCGAUUUCAUUAACAGGUUUUCUAAUGGUUUUCGAAUCGAUUGACGGCACGCGCACUCGUUAGGCAAUCUUCCUUAACUUUAAAAUGGGUUAAUGCGAUCUUCUUUUUCAUUAGAUUUGUUGAAAAAGGCCUUUAAAUGCUUCUACCAGUUUGGGAGCCUGCUUAAAAUUCCAGCCUUAAUCUAUUUAUGUGCGUGAAAUUAAUUCAACUGGAGUCCAAUACGCGAAACCUUCAGCACCUUUUACUAUCGCGGCAGGUGCGACGUCUACAAUGGUUUCCAUGGUGAUAAGAACCUUCUACGUCAUAAAACUUUACACCGAAGAGUCUUCGUUUACGGACCAUAAAGUUGUACCAUGUAUGAAAGUCGCUUAACCUAGGGAAAAAAAGACAGAGGAGUGAGAUAACAGAUUUGUCGGUGUUUGGUAUAUUAAUAUGUUUGUCUCCUCGUCCAUGAGAAAAUAAGUGGGUAAUCGGACUGCAAUAUAGUUUUAACAACUUGGUACGACAGUCUUACCAUGAGGCGGGCUUUUAAUUUGUUUGUUUCAGUGCUGUGGAGCAGGAAAAUAUUAUUAAUUUUAGGAUUGUAUUAGCCAUCAGGGACUCAACAGGACAAAACUCGGAGGUCACAUUCAGAUCUUGAUGAAGCAUUUUAAAAAUGCAAUUUCGGCUUAACCGCAACCAUGAAAUCGAGCGCAAGUUUUAGAAUAGCGCCGAAGACUUCAAAUCUAAGCACUAACGCAAGCAAAAGGAAUAUUAAUCAUAGCUCAUCAGGAACGUCUAUAAAUGGAAUUUCCCUGAAUUCAAGUUUAAGUGAAACUCAAACAUGCCACAACUUCGUGCCGAUAUCAGGAGAAUAUCUUGGACAACCGCUGGAGGAUUUCGAUUCCCCGCAAACAAAUGUAAGUCAAAUAAUUUCGCUAAAUAUUGAUCUUACGUGAAAUUUAAGUUGAAUUUCUUCCGGCUUUCCAGAAGGUUAACUAUGAGGAAAUCUAACAAGGCAGAAAAUCUUGCGGCUGAAUCGACCGAGGCCUUCAUACAAAUAUGUCUUGAAUACGUUAUUAUUCAUUCCCCUCCUUUGUAUUACUUAUAAAAGGUAACUGGUGGAAAAAUCGAUGUUGUCGAUCUCAUCAAUUUUUGACCUCAGAUUUUCCAAAAAAUGUAUAUAACUUUACGGCAAUGUGAUGCGAUAUUCCACCUUGCGUCGAAAUUGUUGGUGGUAAUUCUAUGGUUUUAUUGGAAAUUAGAGAAUUUUAUAAACCAGUGAACGAAAGUAAAUUUAUUUUGGUUAUAUACAGAAAAGCUGUUUUCUGGUUCAUACAAAAUCUAUUUUCAAUGUAGUUUUUAAAACCAUGUUCAGGUCCAAAUAGAAAUGGAAAAUAAAUAAAUGUAAGGUAGACUUUUAUUGUUAGUUAGAAAACAAACAGUUUUGGACGAAAAUUGAUUUAAAACUGAAAAAAAUCCGCUUGAAUCACUUAUGUAAGUGAAUGUAUCUGAAUGUUAUUUGUCGCGGCGAGUUUUAUUUCCAUAAUUUUUACUGAGGAGAUGAAACCCUGAACUUACUUCUUCCCAGUGAUUUUAUUACGUAAUGUUACUUGUUUUAAACCAAUGUAAAGAAAAAGUUCAUCAGUUCGUGAUGAGAUCUAUGAUCCUUGUGAGUCAGUAUUUGACUAAUGAAAAAGCAGGCCUCUUUCCCGUGGUAAAUCCUGCCGGCAAAAUUCUUUUUUUCGCAUUCAACGCACAUAAAUGAGGAAAAAAACGUUUUUUUAAAAUAAGCAAGACCAAACCUUGUAAGAUAUUUAUUAGUUUCAUAUUUAGUGCCAAAGUAACUGUUUAGCGUUGUUAAGGAAGAUUUUCGUUAAAUGCAAUUGAAAUAUUUAAGCCGGCUGUGCCAGACCGCGGAAUUCAUUAUGAAAAGACAAAUUCAUACAGUUUUGCCUUAUUUUUCCAAUACUUCUAAAAACCCUUCAUUUAAAAUGCACAGUUGAGAAUAUUGUCUGCUACAGUUGAAAGUUACACAAGUCGUGUCGAACUUGGACUACAUUGAGAUAAAACAAUUAGACAGAUUCACAAUCAGUUGAACCAGGAGUUAUUCAGAUGCAAAUGAAAUAGUGCCGUAAAUCUUAAAAUAUUUAUGGAAGAUGCACUGAAGAGAUUAUCCCUUCCUCUCAUAAUUAUAAAGAGCCUCAUUAUUCAAUUCCUUUCAUCAAAAAUGGAAUUUGACAUAAUAUUUUCUCAGUUGUGUCAGUAUAGUUUUUGUACGUUCACUCUUCAGACUUUUCCAUUAUGAACCGGAAAAUAAGUGAUAGAAUGAAUAAGGUUAUGAUGUAAAUAAAUUAAAUGAACAAACGCAUUUGCUGUUGGCUUUGGCCACUUAAAUUUGAAAAAGAUCAUUUAGGCUGUUUACAUAUGUAUCUUUUUUCUUGCUGUGUUUUCUUUGUAUUUUUUUGCGCGAAUAAUUAUUUGUCAACUCUUUUUAAAAUUUGAUACUAUUGUAUUUCAUAAAACAUUAUGUGAGUGAAACGAACGAGAUUCCAUUGUUGAGAUAAUAUCGUCCGACAAAUAGCUUUUUUUUUGCGUAAACUACGCACAGUAAGUCAAAUCUGUCAUUUUUUUGUCACUAUCCAAUAUAGAUGCGGUGCAAGCACAGCGUGCGCCAGCGUAUUGGUCAAAUUGUUUUUCAAGUUCUCGUCGGCCACAGCAUCGAUUGAUUAAAUAAACAUUACACGUCUUGGAGACACAGAGAUCAAGUCAUUCUAAUCAAUCAGAAUUAAUCUGAUAAAAUCCGCAUUUCGUCCCUUCCGUUACCUGAUACAAUCUUUCUGAAUGUGCUUAAACUCGUUAAAUUUAUUAAAUUAAUCUACAACCUAAUCGCUCGGUAGAGAUCGUACAGCGAAUACUAUAAGAGGCCUUCUCCGACUACAUGUCCAGAUUAUAAAGGUUCAGAUUGAAGAGGACUUAAUUUGCAAUGUCAAUUUGUCUCGCUUUAAAGUGCCUCUAAUUAACACCUUGUACUACUGAUUUGCACUUGCUACCUUGCUUGUGUAUUCUCAGUGUGUUUCUGAAAUUAAUAAACAAACCCUUUUCCGAGCUGCUAGUAAGUGGAAGAAAACACAGCUAACUGAAGAUCAUGAUUAUGCUGCAAAAUAUGACUGACAUUUAGACGACAAACGAGCUAUAGAAACUUUUAAUUACAACCCUCCUAUUUGCCAAAAGUACUCUAUUCAAUUUAAUGGCUUGUAUUUGCGAACAACCAGUAUGCAGCGCGUUUUGAAUAACAGUACUGCAGCCCUUUUCCCUUUUAAUCUCUCAAAAUCAAAAACAUACCAUAGCCCCAUCACUACGAAACAAUUUCUCAUGCGCUUCUUUAUCUUUAAAUUGCUUGGGCAGUGCAGGUUCGCCACUACUCAAAUAGUUUGAGGCCUGGGUCUGAAAGGUUUACCUCUGAAAAAAUGAUUUUUGGCUUUAAAAUUCGUCAAAGAGAAUUGGUACAAAAAACCUUAACUUAGCAUUUUACAUGUAAAGUACAACUAUCGCUUCAGUUAGUCAAGUGAUACGUCAUGUGACCACUUUACUUAAAAUCGUAAAUAACUGACAAGUUUAAGACAAGUUUUAGUUUGGUGAAGCGUUUAAGAAAAGAAGUCAAGUAAUAAUAUUUUUGCGAGUCAAAUCAGUUUCAACGCUUCACUUUUGGAUUGACCGUCCGUUGCAAAUCAAUUCAUUUCUAAGGCUCAAAUUCAGUCCGAUUAAAUAAUUCAAAACUUUUAUUUUAAACUUUGGUUACAUUCAUUCCAAACGUAGAAAGACAAAUUUUUUCCUCUAUCGUAAACCCUAAUUCAUUUAACAAUGCAAAGCAAAUUUGCUAUCAAUUCGCCGAUUUCCUUCAUUUUUAUUUUUUGACCACUUGACACAUCUGGGGAACAUUUCAUCUUUUUCUAGUUAUCUAGAGAGAUCUAUUGUGAAACAGUCAUAUUUGCUAAACACCCAUUUGACCCAGGUCCUAAACCUCUUUAGUACGUUUGCACUCCCAUUUGACAUAGUUGUUUCUCGUAUCAUUGGUGGGUUUUGAAAUAACUGCUCGUUACUUUCAGCGGGCAAUUAGUAGUUCUAACCGGUUUGCCUUUGACAGGAGGAUAUUUAGAAGAGAGAUAACGAGGUUUUGUGUUAUAAUGUAUGUGGUGAGGCUGUGUGUUACAUAAUGGGGCCAUUUAUACGAGGAAAAAUAAGACGCGUCUUAAAUAAGACGCGAACUGUACCAUUUAUACGAGCAUGUCUUAUCUAAUAAGACGCGUCUUAGCGAAGCCGCGUCUUAUUUUAGACAAAAUGUGCCGUUUAUACGGAAAGUUCGCGUCUUAUUUAAGACGCGUCUUAUGUAAGACACGUCUUAUUUUUCCUCGUAUAAAUGGCCCUAUUGUUUUCAAAGGCGAAGCCUCUUUUCUCGGUAUAGCUUCUUAACAAGUGUUGUUCAUUUCCUUUCUUUUUCAGACAUUUUUGAUUGUUGCCAGCCGCCUUGGUAGGCAAUACGUGUUUAGAUUUAGCAAGGAGAAAUCGUUGUAUUUAUUUGGGCCGCUCAAUUCAGUGAGGAGAGCAAUAAUUAUUCUUAUCACAAAUCAGUAUCCUUUAAUUAAUUCCAAAAGCUGCUGCUUAAGCCCUGCUUAAGCCUCGGGGGAAGAGGAGGGGCGGGGGGGGGGGAUAUUUAUGUAUCUACCUUAUUAUACUGAAUGAAGAACACUUUACUUUUCACCUACGGUACAAACAUUCUUGUACAUGUGCGUUUGCUAACGGUAAAUAUGAAGAACUGUCUUACCCCCAAAAUCAGAAAAUGAGCGACCACAUUCUAGUAACUUAAUUGAAAAUGCGUAUCCAUUUUAGUCAAUCCAGUUGUGAAAAAGGGAGCCCAUCAAGCGGCACAUCCCUAUUAGCCUCUUAUAAGGAAGUACCCCCCCCCCCCCUCCCGGGGCUUAAGCUAGCCAGAAAGUAGCAAAUAUUUUUUUGAACCUACAUUCCUCCGUUGGAUUCUCUAGCCUGGAUUCUGUUUCUUUUGCUCAGGCCUUUUUAGCCGAGUCCCCAGUAGUUUUAUAGUAAUUGAUGGGGAUGGUGGUGAUUGGCGCCAUGCCCAACCCCCAACCUGAAGUCGGGACUCUUCUCCGUUACCCGGCAAUCAUGCAUGGUUGAACCAGACUGAUAUGGUCUGAUAUCCCAGCCAGGCUCUUAGGAUCAUUGAAGACUCUCAAGUUCCACAAUCUUUACGAGGUGACAAUACCGAGUGUGUUUUGAGGCAUUUAAAAGUGGUUAGGGACCUACGUUAUCGGUCUUAAUCGUUUAUUUGAGACAUUAUGAACUGUACGUUUUUCUAUUUACAAUGUACCUACCUAUACACACUUUUAACCACUUCUUCAAUCACCUUUGGCUGUUAUGUUAAAUAAUUAUGCGUUGAUUUUGUAUUCUUUUGUAUUUCCUCAACUUGCCUACAGAUUUUUUGAAUUUUUUAUCCUUCUAACUAUAAUUGUGAAUUGUAUUUUUCUUGCCAUAAAGAAUGCUCCAGAGGAACCAGAGUAAGUUCAUCCUUCUACAAAAACGUUCAUUCUUAUAAUAAAAAAGCCCAAACCUAGCGGGUGACAGCCAAUCUAACUAAAUAAACCAAUCAGAAGUAAUAUUUGGAACCCAAGAAGGAAAAACCGUGCAAACAAAUAACGGCUGAUCAAAACCAAGCGCGGCAAAUUAAAGUAGUUCAGCUAAUUAGCUCCGUUAUUUGUAAAAAUACUUUAAUUGAUUAGAGGGCGAGGCUGUUUUUAACGAAUUUGUUUUAACUACUAUAACUAUAAGGUAAAGUGGGGCUGAGUGCGUCGGUUAUUUAGUUCUUGCUUUGGGCGCUAGCCCUUUUAGCCAUUUCGUUGUCCGCGUUUCCCAAACGGCUAAAGAAUACAACGAGUGCGACGUCAUGGAAGCAGCUAAAGCUUGAUUAACUCACAUUUUGUCUACCAUAGGUACAUAUUCGCGGCAAUCUACACUGUUGAAAUGAUUUUAAAGAUUAUAGCAAAAGGAUUCUGCAUGCACAAAUACGCCUAUCUGAGAGAUCCAUGGAACUGGUUAGAUUUUGUUGUUGUAAUUCUUGGGUAAGUGCUUUAGUUUUGUUUUAUUUAAUGCACUGACAUUUCGUGGGUGGGCAUUGUUGUAGAAAAGCAUGCAGUUAGCAAAAAUGGCAUAGUUUUAAUUUUGGGAAUACACGAACUAAACACUCAUUUCUUUAGCUUUUGGUAAAGUGGUUUUUAUGNUACUUUAAUUGAUUAGAGGGCGAGGCUGUUUUUAACGAAUUUGUUUUAACUACUAUAACUAUAAGGUAAAGUGGGGCUGAGUGCGUCGGUUAUUUAGUUCUUGCUUUGGGCGCUAGCCCUUUUAGCCAUUUCGUUGUCCGCGUUUCCCAAACGGCUAAAGAAUACAACGAGUGCGACGUCAUGGAAGCAGCUAAAGCUUGAUUAACUCACAUCUUGUCUACCAUAGGUACAUAUUCGCGGCAAUCUACACUGUUGAAAUGAUUUUAAAGAUUAUAGCAAAAGGAUUCUGCAUGCACAAAUACGCCUAUCUGAGAGAUCCAUGGAACUGGUUAGAUUUUGUUGUUGUAAUUCUUGGGUAAGUGCUUUAGUUUUGUUUUAUUUAAUGCACUGACAUUUCGUGGGUGGGCAUUGUUGUAGAAAAGCAUGCAGUUAGCAAAAAUGGCAUAGUUUUAAUUUUGGGAAUACACGAACUAAACACUCAUUUCUUUAGCUUUUGGUAAAGUGGUUUUUAUGUUUGAGUGACAUCCGUUGCUUCUCCGGUGCAGGCAUCAGUAAAUGUCGCCAGAAGAUGAUUACGGAGCUAAAGCAAAAACGUUUUUCAGCGACGCAACCGACAGUGAGACCUUUUUCUUUGUAUUAUGCUUUAACGCCACCAAAUUUGCGUUGUUAAGUGAGUUUAUUCUUAUACAGACGGUUUGCCCGAAAUUAUGGCAAAGCCACUGCACACAAAUGCAAAAAGCCAGCUUCCGGUUGACGCACGUCUCUCAAAAACGUCCUAACUUAAAGUCACUAAUACGAAACCACCACGGCGACGGCAACGGAAAUGUCAAAAAGCAAUAGGUUCAAUGAGCAAAACAACAACUCUGCACGUGCAGCACGCUUUUUUAGACAUUUCUUUGCCGUCCCUGCACAACUACGACGUGAAAUGACCAAAAUUUAAGUUUACUUGGGAACGGGAACGGCAAGGUGAUAAAUUCUGCCAUCUCUUUUUGAACUCGGGCUCGGCCUCUUCUCUUCAGCUCUAAGCCAAAUUCCCUUCUUUUAAGUAACUUGAGCCACUAGGGAUAAUUGCCAAAAAAAGGAGAAAGGAUGCGAAACCUAUUUAUCAGCGACGUUUUCAUAGACGUCGCCGUUGUCGGAUCGUAAGGUCCCUAUUACCAAGAUGUUGACGGCCCGAGAUAUGACGAGGGGGAAAUGGAUUGCAACUUGGGAAAAUUAGAUCAACUAAUUUUAAACAGCUUUCUUUGUGUCGCGGCAAAAAGCAGAAAAAUAAUACUUACGUAGUUUUUGCUAAAAAAAAUAGCUGUGCGUUUCAGAGAAAUGCUCACAGUUUUAACAAACUUAUGUCGAGAAUUUUCACGAUGUUUUCUUUCAAGUAACUAAUUUUGUCUUUUCUCUUUACAGAUAUAUAACUCUUAUACCAAAUGUUUACAAUUUGUCAGGAAUUCGAACGUUUAGAGUUCUUCGAGCACUUAGGACCAUAUCCACUGUAGAAGGUAAGAACUGAAAAAGUCUUUUAUCUUUCAAUUUUCUUUACUUCCAAAAAACAAACUUAUAAAGAGUUGAGAAAUGUGGAGGCUUGUCAACGAAAACCCACUGACUUAAAGAGAAGUCACAUCAAACCUGUUUUCAAAUUAGACCAUUUUGCGAUUGUGGGCCAAGCUAGGGAAGGUUGUGGGCUUAGUACCCUAGCCUUCCAGUCAGGAGCCGAUUACUGCUUCGAGUGAACGUGAGGCUGCGGUUGACUUUGUUUUGAUAAAAGCUUCCUUCCUUAUCUAAUGGAAAUAAUUAAUUAACAACCAGCCUCGUUUCCAUCUGUAAAUGAACUAUUGGCUAACAUUCGUUGUCAUCUAUAAGUUAAUUUCGUGGAAACAAGAAGCAAAAUAAACUGCGGGUGAGUAAGUAGAUAAAUUAAUAAACAAAUAUGUAAAUAGAUAACAUUAAAUUAACAAUAAAUAUAACUAACACACCAACAAAACUCUUUAUGAUAAUAAAUAAUUCAUAAUGUAAAUUAUGAACAAUGGAAUGUAAAGAUAUUUGAAAGAAAAAAAUUUCUCCAGAGUAAUACUACAUGACCUAGGGGCAAAACAUAAAAAGAUUAAGAGGUCUAUUGCUAAGGAUGCUGUUUUGCUUCUGGAGAGUAGAUGGCCAUUUAUAUAGUCCAAUGAAAAGUUGCACAUCAAAGGAGUACCUAUCGUUCAUCCUUAGUUGUUUUUUAGGCUCUGAGCAUUGGUCCUGUCAGCAAUCCAAUAUCGAACUAAAGAUCGUAGCCAAUCGCUGAUGUUUCAGUGGUUUUAAGGGUUUCCCUUAAGAGACAUUUUACUAAAGUUACAUAAAAUCCGGAUUCCUUAAAUGCAUAGCCUGCGAGAGCAUCCAGUUUUUUCGGCUUAAGUUUCUAGUUUCGCUCGGCGUGUUAAACUAGAAACUUGAACCGAAAAAACCGGAUUUUCUCGCAGGCUGUCAAAUGCAAUACUAAUAAUUGUUUUAUCAUUACGAUGUUUAGCUAAAACUGAAUCCGAUUUCACUGUAUAACACCACGUACCACAGUCCCUUACAUAAACCAAUGACGCAAUGACGCAGCUCUUUAACACGUCUUAUUUCUUUUAGGUUUAAAGACGAUGGUAAACGCCUUGCUCAAGUCCAUGCUGAUGCUUUCAGAUGUCUUGAUUCUAACACUAUUCUUUCUCUGUAUUUUUGCCUUGGUCGGGAUGCAACUUUUUGUUGGUCAACUGAGAAAUAAAUGCGUUGCUUCACCCCCACACCCUAGCUCAAUAACCUACAACAAAUAUAUUACCAAUCAGAGUAAGUAUUACAUCAAUCAAUUUUGAACAAACAGUUAAGCCUUAAGCCCCGUGCAAACGGACGCAACGUUGUUGGGAGUUGUUGCGUCCGUUUGCGCAUAGCUAAAAGUUUGACCAGUGUUUUAAAUUUGUGCAACAACUCCUAACAAAUAGCAACAACAUGAAACAAGGUGUGCAAACGGGCUCAAUAUGUAACAUUUAACAAUGUUGGGAGUUGGUGGCCAACAAUGUUGAGUCCGUUUGCACGAGGCUUUAUACUUUAGAAAGCUGAAAAAAAAUAUUGGCUAUCCAAAUCUUUGUGUUGAUAUCAUCAGCUGGUCAUGGUCUCUUGGAAAUUUGUAAUCCUGUAAAGAUAAACAGAAGUUUGUUUUCAAAUGACUGCCUCAGAAAACACGUACGUAUAACAGCUAAGUUGAAAGGUAUUCCUUAAGCUACGUGCAAACAGACGCAACAACUACCAACAUUGUUGGCCCUAAACGUUUGAGCGGUUUCAGACUUUGCGCAACAACUCACAGCAACACGCAACCACAUGCAACAACAUUCAAAGGGUGUGCAAACGGACGCAACAUGUAACAUACAACAAUGUUCCAUCCGUUUGCACGGGGCUUUUUAAAGUUCCUUUUCUCCGGCGGUUGGUCAGUUCAUCUAAAUAUAAUUAACUGCAGCUAAAAACAAUUUUGGAUAGUCUGUUUAAGAGUUUUUGUUUUGUAAUCUUCUUAUUAACUUCACAAAGGCACGUUGUUAGCAGUAACCACAUAUUUUAUGGCUCUUUCUGUUUCAUGGGUUACGUAAGACGGUAAGAUAAAGUUAUUGGUCGGUUUAAAACGAGAAUAUAUGUANUCUCUUGGAAAUUUGUAAUCCUGUAAAGAUAAACAGAAGUUUGUUUUCAAAUGACUGCCUCAGAAAACACGUACGUAUAACAGCUAAGUUGAAAGGUAUUCCUUAAGCUACGUGCAAACAGACGCAACAACUACCAACAUUGUUGGCCCUAAACGUUUGAGCGGUUUCAGACUUUGCGCAACAACUCACAGCAACACGCAACCACAUGCAACAACAUUCAAAGGGUGUGCAAACGGACGCAACAUGUAACAUACAACAAUGUUCCAUCCGUUUGCACGGGGCUUUUUAAAGUUCCUUUUCUCCGGCGGUUGGUCAGUUCAUCUAAAUAUAAUUAACUGCAGCUAAAAACAAUUUUGGAUAGUCUGUUUAAGAGUUUUUGUUUUGUAAUCUUCUUAUUAACUUCACAAAGGCACGUUGUUAGCAGUAACCACAUAUUUUAUGGCUCUUUCUGUUUCAUGGGUUACGUAAGACGGUAAGAUAAAGUUAUUGGUCGGUUUAAAACGAGAAUAUAUGUACCUGACAUAGUAUGGAUGCCUGUGGUACAUGUGCCAUGUGGUAUGUUUUACCGAUUUAGAUGUAUGCAGCCUUCUUGACCAAGCGCGAGGUCAAGAUGGCUGAAUUUUUGCCAAGUUCUUUAUUUGCGUUCGUGUGGACCAAGGACGAGGUCGGGGUCAAUAUAACCGCCAUCUUAACCGAACAAUUGCAUGGUCAAAAAAGAAUUAAUUAUAUGGCCAGGAGGACUUAUUUCUUACGGAACCAAUUUGGGAAAUCCCAAACGGGCAAGAUCAGACCCAUCAACCCUGUUCAGAUGGCCAAUCAGAAAACAGGAUUUGCUUCAUCUAGAUAGCUCGUGGAGCCAGCCGUUAGUAAAAGAGGGUAAACCGACGAGUUAUCGAAUGAUCGAAUGAAGUAAUCACGAAACUGAAGCUUGAGUUUGCCAAAAUAGAUACUGUAACUAUUAGAACAAAUGUGCUGCAUGAUUUUUAAAAUGGCUCAUUCAAAAUUAUGUUUUUGUAAUAGGUUUCUGGCAUAACGGGAGCAACAACAAACAUCUUGUUUGUGGAAAUUCUUCAACUGCAGGGUAUAAAAUGAUUAUUUCCACGAUUACAUAUCAAAGUGUACGAGUUUAAAAAAUAGUGCUAAAUAACACGUGUUUUUAUGUACUCUUUCAGGAGCGUAUUACUCUUAUAAAUACCUCUAGUACAGUUUUCCAUCAAUAAAGCUGUAUUGAAAUUCUUGUGUCCCAGCCGAGAGUGACAAAGUUAAAAAAUCCAAUCACACGAAAGUUUUCUGAAUCGGCUUACACAGCUUAGACCGGCCUUCACUUGCAACUGCGAUUGUAAAGGUCUUAGCUGCCGUCAACGAAGUUUAACCUUCCCUGUAAUGGAUAUUUUCAGCAAUUGAAUGAGUAGACCUAAGGCUUUUCAUCUUUUCAUCUACCUAAUUCAUUAACCUUUCUAAUGUUUACAAUUUGUCAGGAAUUCGAACGUUUAGAGUUCUUCGAGCACUUAGGACCAUAUCCACUGUAGAAGGUAAGAACUGAAAAAGUCUUUUAUCUUUCAAUUUUCUUUAUUUCCAAAAAACAAACUUAUAAAGAGUUGAGAAAUGUGGAGGCUUGUCAACGAAAACCCACUGAGUUAAAGAGAAGUCACAUUAAACCUGUUUUCAAACUAGACCAUUUUGCGGUUGUGGGCCAAGCUAGGGAAGGUUGUGGGCUUAGUACCCUAGCCUUCGAGUCAGGAGCCGAUUACUGCUUCGAGUGAAUGUGAGGCUGCGGUUGACUUUGUUUUGAUAAAAGCUUCCUUCCUUAUCUAAUGGAAAUAAUUAUUGAAAAAAACCUAGUCAGCAAGAAAACAACAUGAUUUACAUAAGAAAGCCUUAAAGGUUGUAUCAAACAAGUCAACUCCAGCCUCGUUUCCAUCUGUAAAUGGACUAUUGGCUAACAUUCGUUGUCAUCUAUAAGUUAAUUUCGCGGACACAAGAAGCAAAAUAAACUGCGUGUGAGUAAGUAGGUAAAUUAAUAAACAAAUAUGUAAAUAGAUAACAUUAAAUUAACAAUAAAUAUAACUAACACACCAACAAAACUCUUUAUGAUAAUAAAUUAUUUAUAAUGUAAAUUAUGAACAAUGGAAUGUAAAGAUAUUUGAAAGAAAAAAAAUUCUCCAGAGUAAUACCACAUGACCUACAUCUGGGGCAAAACACAAAAAGAUUAAGAGGUCUAUUGCUAAGAAUGCUCUUUUGCUUGUGGAGAGUAGAUGGCCAUUUAUAUAGUCCAAUGAAAAGUUGCACAUCAAAGAAGUACCUACCGUCCGUCCUCAGUUGUUUUUUAGGCUCUGAACAUUGAUCCUGUCAGCAAUCGAAUAUCGAACUAAAGAUCGUAGCCAAUCGCUGAUGUUUCAGAGGUUUUCAGGGUUUCCCUUAAGAGACGUUUUACUAAAGUUACAUAAAAUCCGGAUUCCUUAAAUGCAUAGCCUGCGAGAGCAUCCAGUUUUUUGGGCUUAAGUUUCUGGUUUCACUCGGCGGGUUAAACUAGAAACUUGAGCCGAAAAAACCGGAUUUUCUCGUAGGCUAUCAAAUGCACUACUAAUAAUUGUUUUAUCAUUACGAUGUUUAGCUAAAACUGAAUCCGAUUUCGCUGUAUAACACCACGUACCACGGUCCCUUACAUAAAUGACGCAAUGACGCAGCUCUUUAACACGUCUUAUUUCUUUUAGGUUUAAAGACGAUGGUAAACGCCUUGCUCAAGUCCAUGCUGAUGCUUUCAGAUGUCUUGGUUCUAACACUAUUUUUUCUCUGUAUUUUUGCCUUGGUCGGGAUGCAACUUUUUGUUGGUCAGCUGAGAAAUAAAUGCGUUGCUUCACCCCCACACCCUAGCUCAAUAACCUACAACAAAUAUAUUACCAAUCAGAGUAAGUAUUACAUCAAUCCAUUUUGAACAAACAGUUAAGCCUUAAGCCCCGUGCAAACGGACGCAACGUUGUUGGGAGUUGUUGCGUCCGUUUGCGCAUCGCUAAAAGUUUGACCAGUUUUAAAAUUUGUGCAACAACUCCUAACAAAUAGCAGUAACAUGAAACAAGGUGUGCAAACGGGCUCAAUAUGUAACAUUUAACAAUGUUGGGAGUUGCUGGCCAACAAUGUUGAGUCCGUUUGCACGAGGCUUUAUACUUUAGAAAGCUGAAAAAAAAUAUUGGCUAUCCAGAUCUUUGUGUUGAUAUCAUCAGCUGGUCACUGUCUCUUGGAAAUUUGUAAUCCUGUAAAGAUAAACAGAAGUUUGUUUUUAAAUGACUGCCUCAGAAAACAGCUAAGUUGAAAGGUAUUCCUUAAGCUACGUGCAAACAGACGCAACAACUACCAACAUUGUUGGCCCUAAACGUUUGAGGGGUUUCAGACUUUGCGCAACAACUCACUGCAACACGCAACCACAUGCAAAAACGUUCAAAGGGUGUUCAAACGGACGCAACAUGUAACAUACAACAAUGUUCCAUCCGUUUGCACGGGGCUUUUUAAAGUUCCUUUUCUCCGGCGGUUGGUCAGUUCAUCUAAAUAUAAUUAACUGCGGCUAAAAACAGUUUUGGAUAGUCUGUUUAAGAGUUUUUGUUUUAUAAUCUUCUUAUUAACUUCACAAAGGCACGUUGUUAGCAGUAACCACAUAUUUUAUGGCUCUUUCUGUUUCAUGGGUUACGUAAGACGGUAAGAUAAAGUUAUUGGUCGGUUUAAAACGAGAAUAUAUGUAACUGACAUAGUAUGGAUGCCUGUGGUGCAUGUGCCAUGUGGUAUGUUUUACCGAUUUAGAUGUAUGCAGCCUUAUUGACCAAGCGCGAGGUCAAGAUGGCUGAAUUUUUGCCAAGAUCUUUGCGUUCGUGUGGACCAAGGACGAGGUCGGGGUCAAUAUAACCGCCAUCUUAACCGAACAAUUGCAUGGUCAAAAAAGAAUUAAUUAUAUGGCCAGGAGGACUUAUUUCUUACGGAACCAAUUUGGGAAAUCCCAAACGGGCAAGAUCAGACCCAUCAACCCUGUUCAGAUGGCCAAUCAGAAAACAGGAUUUGCUUCAUCUAGAUAGCUCGUGGAGCCAGCCGUUAGUAAAAGAGGGUAAACCGACGAGUUAUCGAAUGAUCGAAUGAAGUAAUCACGAAACUGAAGCUUGAGUUUGCCAAAAUAGAUACUGUAACUAUUAGAACAAAUGUGCUGCAUGAUUUUUAAAAUGGCUCAUUCAAAAUUAUGUUUUUGUAAUAGGUUUCUGGCAUAACGGGAGCAACAACAAACAUCUUGUUUGUGGAAAUUCUUCAACUGCAGGGUAUAAAAUGAUUAUUUCCACGAUUACAUAUCAAAGUGUACGAGUUUAAAAAAUAGUGCUAAAUAACACGUGUUUUUAUGUACUCUUUCAGGAGCGUAUUACUCUUAUAAAUACCUCUAGUACAGUUUUCCAUCAAUAAAGCUGUAUUGAAAUUCUUGUGUCCCAGCCGAGAGUGACAAAGUUAAAAAAUCCAAUCACACGAAAGUUUUCUGAAUCGGCUUACAGAGCUUAGACCGGCCUUCACUUGUAACUGCGAUUGUAAAGGUCUUAGCUGCCGUCAACGAAGUUUAACCUUCCCUGUAAUGGAUAUUUUCAGCAAUUGAAUGAGUAGACCUAAGGCUUUUCAUCUUUUCAUCUACCUAAUUCAUUAACCUUUCCAACCAUUUUAUACAGCACAACAGCACCACAGACUCUUUGAUACACUGAUAAGCCGAAAAUAUAUGUGAUGUCUCCGCACCUGCCUUUUAAACCAGAUAAAAUAUUUGAUAACCUAUUUCCAGCUCUGUUUUUUUUUUGUUUUCAGUCACUGCCCUGUGAAUUACACCUGUUUAUCAGUUGGUGAUAACCCCAAUUAUGGCUACACGAACUUUGAUAACUUUGCAUGGUCUUUGGUCACUGCUUUUCAACUUAUAACAAUGGACUUUUGGGAGAACGUCUUUAACUAUGUGAGUAAUGGAACCUCUACCUGUUCAUCUCUUGGCAUUUAACGUAACUAAUUCAAACAACCUCAAUAAUUAAGCCUCCCUCCUCAUUCAUGUGCACAUAAUUGACUAGCGAUUGAGUAAACAUGGAUCCUGGCUGGUUAAUUUCUUCGAAAAAGUGUGGUCAUUGCCAAAAUUGUUGGUUCAAAUGGGCGAGCAUAAAAGGUGUUUUUACGUUUUCAAAAAAGAUCAUGAUCAAACUAAACAAGCUUUGGUGAGAAUCAUUGCCUGUCUUAGUUUUAACUUCUUGAAGCUAACAGAAAUCGCUGCCCAAAUAAGAGUUUUAACGGAUACACUGCAAAAAAACAAAACAAUUACUUUGUAUAUUUUUUUCUGGUGUUUUUACCAUCCAGGUACUUUCUUCCAUGGGUUCUUGGUACGUGUUUUAUUUUAUGUUCGUGGUGUUCUUUGGUUCGUUCUACCUCAUUAAUCUGGUGCUUGCAGUAGUGGCUGUUUCAUAUCAACAGGAAGUAGUGGCCAUGCAAGAAAGGGUAAGACAAGCAAAUAAACAUUUUGGAAAUCUUUAUGGUAAUCUAACAGUUUUACUCGGCUAAUUACAGCCAUAUUUUUUUGUGCCCUCUGUCAGGUAAAGAUACCAUUAUCAUCGCCGUUCCGUGUGCUCAGCAGAACACGCAAUACUGUGUGGGAUUGUUACAUUUUAGGCGUUAUGCAUUACUUUUGUUCUUGUUUUUCAUACAGGAUGCAAAUUAUGAAGAGCUGAAAGCUGUUGCAUCUUCCUACUCAUUUCACGGUCGUGCUGCUCCCAAGCUUCUUGCCGAAAACGGAAAACUUAAUCCUGAAGCUUUGGUAACAAAAUGCAAACUGUCCCUUUGUGUGCCUUGCUUUAAAGGCACUCCGAACUCAAAAGCCCAAGAACUAAAGAGCGCAAAUGAUGGAAGCCAUGUGAGUCUGCGCUACUCACCAAAUGGAUUGAACUCAACGGAAAACAAGACAGCCACCGUGGAUAAUUCUACAGUAUCCGAAAUAAAUGAACGUUUGACGACGGCAAAACUGCCGAAUGGAAAUGACAUGCAAAUACGUUUACCGCCCGUUUGCCAAUCCCAAUCCUGUACUAAAUUUCCAACAAACGGAAUUAAAUCAGAGACGGGUCAAAAUUCACAUUCGGGUUCGAAAUUUUUAGAAGUGAAGCCAUCUUGGGCUAGAACGCUAACUGUUAUAAGUGAAAAUGAGACAACAGAAGUUGAAAAUCACUUCACAAGAGAAGAUAAUUACGAUGGACAGAGAAGAGUAACAUUCCCUGAAAUUUCUCCAGGAAUAUCACCGUCGGGAACUCCUCGGGGAUCGGUGGGAUCAUUGCGUAAGGGUGAAUCUCAAGAACAAACUUCUAGACACCGUAAGGAGGAUUUAUCCAGAAGGAAAACUAUCUGCAAACGUAUUACUAAACUGACGAUGGAUCCUUUAUUUGAAAUGUUUAUAACGUUUUGCAUCCUUUUAAACACCCUGUUUUUGUCUUUGGAAUACCAUGACAUGAACAAGAAAUUCAAAAUGGCUCUGGACAUUGGUAACAUGGUAAGUGUGAUGUACCGCAAUUAUUAUUGCCUGCCCCAAUUAAUUGCACCGGUUGGUGAGGUGGUAAAGGCACUAGUUACCGACAAGAUUUGACCUUAUGUUACCUAUCAUCGUAAAGCCUAUGAAAAAGUGUUGACUCUUUAAACUACUUUUCUUCGUGGGCUUCGUUUAUCUACUGAAUAUGUAAAAAGAACUGACUUAAUUUUUGCAUGGCCGAAUUAACAUCACCGGUUGGUGCAGUAGUGGAAGUAGUAAUUAUAGUAGAGCAAAUAAUCCUUCAUAUGCUUCUCAGUGACAAAAAAAACUGGAAUAAAUAUUCUCAAUGCUUUGCAAUGAUAGGGAGAGCCAUUCUAAGGAAGCGAACAUAGGGUCAAAUGUAGUUACUCUUACUGCCUAAUGUUUUAUUUAUCGUCAUUAUUUUUUCAUCAGCCGCUUUUUAUUUUUUUUCCAUUAUUGUCCUCAUUCCUCCACUGAAUUUACCAAAAGAGAUGAUUUUAUUACGUCUCGCAUUCUACUCAGAUGAAUUUCAGAUGAAAUUUUCUAACGUCAUAUGGCAGUGGAGUGUAUACAUAGCACGUUUUUUAAGAAAUCUACUUAUUUUCCUUUUUCCUUUCUAGAAAACAUCCUUAUAUGUGACUUUUAAUCUGCCAAUAUUUGACAUAUUGGCAAAUGAAACAUCUUUUCUAAACAGGUUUUUACGUUCGUGUUUCUCCUGGAGAUGGUAAUGAAACUGAUAUCGUUUGGUCCGCGUGGAUACCUGAAGAGCCGUUGGAACAUAUUUGAUGGUUUCAUUGUGACUAUUAGCAUCGUGGAUCUCAUUCUGGAAGUCUCUGAUAUUGGAAACGGUGGUGGAUUUAGUGUUCUUAGGACAUUUAGACUGGUUAGUAGUGUCACAAUCGUUUCAAUCAUUGAGAAAGGCGCAUCUGCCAUUUCUUUUAAAAGUGCACGGUACCAAAUGUGUUAAAUGGUUUCAAUUCAUGGCGGAGAUCGGUUUCUUAAUUCUAUGACUCUUGCAGUUUAUGUUUUUCUUGAACCUUUUUUUGUAUAAUUUGUUUCCAGCUGCGCGUGUUCAAAUUGGCUCAGUCAUGGAGGACAAUGAACAUGCUGCUCAGGACCAUUGCUGGCAGUAUAGGUCAGCUUGGUAACCUCACGUUAGUGCUAGGAAUUAUUGUAUACAUGCUUGCAGUGGUUGGAAUGCAGCUCUUUGGAAGGUAAUGUCAGAAUAAAUUGAUUUGGACAUCUUUGCACCCUAAAAGGUUUUCAGAUUUUAUCUGUGAUUUAGGGUUUAAACAACGAAGUUACAUUGAGUUCAACCGCUACCUACGGAUGUUUCAUAGAUGGCACAUCACCAAUCAGUCAACUUAUGAACUCACGUUCUACAUCUUAUUUCACCAGUUCUUACACAGAAGAGAAAUUUAAUGGCGACAUUCCUCGUUGGAACUUCAACGAUUUUGGCCGGUCAUGUAUGAUGAUAUUUAGAAUUCUGUGUGGAGAAUGGAUAGAGCCGUUGUACGACUGUAUGAGAGCGACCAGUCCUGUGUCAUUCUUGUUUUUCCUCACUGCAUUAGUGAUCGGUAACUUUUUGGUGAGUCGUAUUACAAUGUUAUAAAUACCACUUGAUUUGUAAACCGACCUUUAUCCGAAUUAGACUGAAGCGAAUGUUCUUAAACUCAUAGCAGUUUUACAUUUUUAUCUGGUUAGGGGUUGAGUCAUUUUUCUGUCACCUGAUUAUCUUGUCUACUUUAGGUAUUAAAUCUGUUUCUUGCUCUGCUGCUUAAUGCCUUUGCUCGUGAGUCGCUGCAAGAUGAAGCAGAGAAGAAAAGCGAUGCUAAACCAAGCAAGUUUUAUCAAGGGGUCCAUAGACUUAGUAAAGUUUUGCGGAUAAGUAACAUGUUACCACGUCGCUCGCAAGUGAAACCAUCAGACGGGUCCCAGACUUCCGCGGAUAUUGAAUCAGUGAGAAACACGGACAACAAGGGUGAGUCUUGUUCGUCAACUUCCAUUUAUUUUGAAGAACUUCUCUAAAAAAAAUCGCAUUCUCUGAAAUUAAGUUAACAAGCUUCCUUUGAGUAUGUUUUUUCUUCUUGACUUGCAAUUUUAACAUGUUAGGCUGCUUUGUCAAAAGAUCAUUAAAGGUUCUCAGUCCCACUUUCCUGUUUUGUGUUAUCCGGCGAGUGCUAAUUUGUACCACAAGCUUAGUUGCCUCUAAAUUACUUUUAUUAGAUUCCUCAAAUGGAUCUUCAGCUUUGCUGACUGCGGUGACAGCAUUUCAGAAGAAAGGAAGACUCAACAGAGAUCACAUGAAAAGGGUGAGUUUAUAGCACUGUCACAGCAGUUGUGAAACCUGAGUGUACAUCGCCAACUUUCGUGUUGAUGGACGAAACCCCAUGAAAAGGAAAUUUACAAACAAUUCAUUUUUCAUUCUAUUUCAAAGCUGUUAGUUUUUAUUUUUCCAAAAAUUUGAUUUAAUCGAGAUUUUUAAAAGGCACUUCUUAAGUUAAACAGUUGGUGAACCGAAGAUUCUUGGAGUUUGGAAUGCUGGACGCGAAUAAUAACAGAAAAUACUCCAAAACUAAAAAAAAUAUAUACAAAAUUGUUGUCGACUUCUCGUGUUUUCUAGUCCUGAAUACUGAUUCUCAUUCAGAUGGUUGAAAGUGUUAAAUACGGAACCUUAACACGUGUAUGUGCUACUGUUGUGUAUUCAGCUUUCCAUUGCAAUUGAAGCAGCAAAUAAAGAUUCCGUUACAUCCAGCACAGUACUUAGCUUAGCUCGCUCAUCUGCAACAUUACCCAGCCCGCGACAGAGUGUUCAGGCUGAUCAGACGGGACGACCCUCAGGUGAUCCCGUUAUGACCGAGGUUCAGGAGUGCUGUCCUUGUUGGAUGAAAUUCUGCACCUGCAACUGCAUUUCAAAGUGGAAGGAGUCACGUGGUUAUCGUGCUUGGAGGAGUAUGCGCCAUAAGAUCAAGAAGCUAGUUGAGCAUCGGUAUUUUGAGUGGGCGAUUCUUCUGAUCAUAGUCGCUAGCAGCAUCACGCUGGUAAGAGCAUACGCAUUUCCUUACAUAACAUUAUUCAAUAUCCAUAGCGCAACCUUUUUGGCCUUCUUGAUUGUUAAUACUGUAUUCUCUCAACUAACCCGUUGGUUUUUCGGGAAAUUUUAAAAGAAUUUUCCUCGUGCCCCAGAUUUUAAGUAGGCCUCAAUAUAAAGUUUGUUUAAAUUUAUUGUUUAAGGUACUCGAUACAGAAUAAGGGUGUCACUAGAUAGCAUGGCUCCUGAGUCUAAAGUACAGCAAAAGGGUACCUAUUCUUCGCAGCACCCAAAGAGAAUAAAAUGGGUCCAGAAAUUACACGUUUAUGGAAAAAAUCCAAUGUUGGGGCCAUACAAAAUGGAAUCUCAUCAGGAAAACUAUCUUUUUUUGUUGAUAGUAUUUUGUGCACGUGAUAUGAUAUUUUGCACUCUUCUUGAUCUUUUACUGUGAAUUUCAAUGAUCAUACUUUCACGAGGCAAGACUAACAAUCUCUGGUGAUCCAAUUUUGGUUUGGUUUUCAGGUUUUCGAGGAUGUUCACCUAGACAGUCGUCCUACGUUGAAAAAAGUUUUAAAUUAUCUCAACAUCGUGUUCGCGGUGGUUUUUAGUGUGGAAUUCCUCCUCAAGACACUCGGAUUGGGGUUUCUUACCUAUUUUAAGAACGCGUGGAAUUGCCUGGAUGUGAUAAUUGUUGCUGUAAGUAAAGAACAUUUAAAACAGUGAAAAGCUAAAUUAUGAUAUGAUUGACAAAGGAAUGCGUAAUACAUUAGUUUAGCAAACUAGUAAAAGAGGAAUAGCUUAAAGUGUUCGAUAAUCAAAAUCGUAAUGAGAAAAAUUCUGUAAAACCUGUAAUAAACCUGUCAUUCUCUGUAACAUUAAGAACGAACCAACUUCAUGUUACUUACUACUAAGAUCACAGGCAUCCCAAAUCCAUUAAGCGAGCGCUUGUUGAAAUUAACAGUUUAAGACCGAAUGGCAAAACCAGCCCAAAUCGCCUCAGAAGUACACAUGGACACAAAAUACAGCACAAGUAAGUGUAUUUUAUUUCGUUUCGUCACAGUAAGCUAAGAAUAUUAUUACGGCGUAUUUCUCGAAUUUUUACCGUUCCGAUAUAAACUCUGGAAAUCGCUUCAUUAGGCAACAUUACCAGAUUUAUUAAUUUUUAACAAGCGCUCGCUUAAUGAGUUUGGGGUGCCCGUGCUAAGAUUGAAUGAGCUACCUAACGAACCCCGCUUUUCCGACAUCCGUUUAUAACGGACAGUUUAGUUUGUCCCGACGAAAAGCUUAUUAUAUAUUUUCUUAUAAGAUUAACCCGCCGCCGGCAUAAUAUGGACACCGCUUGGUACGGACGAAGGACACUUCUAUGUGUUCCGAGGCACGAACUCACAUAUAUCGUCAACUCCGCUUUACCACCACUGGUUAACUGCACACCGUCUAUUUUCCAUGUCAUAAUCAUUUGCUAGCUAAUUGUAGACAUUAGGCAAAUCCAAAUAUGGACAUAUUCCUAUGGGUUAAUACGAUGUUAUUUUUUUAAAAAAAAAGUAGCGAAAAAGUGUGACACAUUUUAUUUUGAUAAGUCUAUAGUUAGCUGUAGUGUUGAUAUGAACCUUUUCUGCCUUGUACUACAUAAGUUUCACUUCCUUGGCACCAUCUGCUGCUGCAAUCACUGCUCCGACCCCUACGUUUCUCUUUAAUCCUUGUCUGCCUUUUCUUCUAAGAGCCCGCUUGACUUGGCGGCCACGGCACCACAACCGCAUGUCAACUUAGUGUUUGUGAACCGCGUUCCCGUGACUGUAUCACUGUCACCAGAGCCCCUCAGUCAGGGGUAAAUUGCACAUAUUCCUGUGGUAACUCUUGGAUUUAGCUUUAUGGACAAAACUUCAGUGUUACACACUUUUCAGUCAGUGCAAGUACCCACUUUCGUUCUUCAGUAUUCACUUUUCGAAUUUCACUUACAUCAAAUCUGGAUCCUGAUUUAUAUAUAUAUUUUUUGCUCUCUUCAGAUAACUAACAUUCUGCUUUUCUUCCAUUUGCCACGUUGCCGCCCUUAUGUUUAGUACCUUUGCAGAAUUCACCCUCAGAAUUCCGAUUUCACUUACAAAUUCUUUAAAAUUUACUCCAUCACGGCAAAGAUUAAUAUUAUAAAGGAAAUAAAGGGAGAUGUAAAGAAUCAACCAUAAGAGGACACAGAAAAAAAUCUGAGCCCCAGAUGGGCUUCGAACCUACGACCCUCCGUGUUCUAGAAUUUCUAGGAUGUUGUACAGUAAGUUAUUAUCUGUAAUUCGUUCGACUGUCAGUAAAUAACUGAAUAGGAUGAUUAGGCUGGUGGAAGUUACCCUCUCGUCUAUAUUCAUUCUCUAAAACCUAAAAUAUUGAUACCAUGCACCGUCCUUCCCCCACUUUUAUUGAUUGUGUUUUGCUUCUUGAGUUAGACAAUUUAUUAAACCAUGCAUAUAUAGCACUUUGGUUGUUCAGUGAUCUUUAUCUUUGGCACUUAAACAAAUAUUUAAUUCCAGUUUGAGCAUAAACAAAGUAAGACCGACAACUAGCAUUUAAUUGAAUUCUUUACUUUCAGAUAUCCUUACUCACGGCUGUAGAAUCUGUCGACGAACUUAACUCUGUAAGAAUCUUAAACUGUUAACCAUACCAUAAACUGACUAAAUUUUUAAUAUUUUUGUUCAGUGUAUGUGCAUUAAUGAAAAAUCAACAAUUAACUUUGCGUUCGACCAGCUAUACACUAAUUCAGCAAAAGAUAAAGAUUAGCCUAGAAGCUCUACUAAACCGUACAAAAUUCUGUCACAUAUAGUCUCUUUCCCGUAAAGCACUAACCUUUUUCUUUAUCAUAACAUUGCAAUAAAACAAUAAUUAAACUGAUUUUGUUUGAAUGGAGUUGCUUAAAAAAUUGAAAAAAAAAAUCGAUCGUGAUUGUUGGUAACACUAUUUCACCUCAACCUUGCUGAAAAGAUGAAAACAUCGGUGAAAGGAGAGGAGAUUUCAAUACCUUUGUAUGCAACUGAAACGAAUUAAUCUGUGAUUUAAAUUGACACAUACAUGAGUGAAAUGGACUUUAAAAUCAACCUUAUAUUAACGAGACGCUUAUUUCAUCCAAAUGUGAUUGUACUUCCUACAAUUACCUUUUCGUCAUGAUUUAAACGAUGCUCACAACGAGGUUCGCUGUACCUCCGGUUUCCAUAGCAGCUGAGCAAAUGUCUGCUAUGCAAGAAGGAAAAUUACUAUUAAAAACGCUCAGAGUAUACAGCCAUUGGGCCCAAUUCAGCCUCCGUACUUCGCAUGAACCGAAUCGAAUUCAAAGAAUUAACGGCGUCUUAAUCAAUCUGAAUCGGAUGAUUGAAUUUGGAUUUGAAUUUGCCGAACUUCACAUGGGCCAAACUAGAUGCAUAACUUCUAUAAUGAGGUUAACGAAAAUGCGCGUUUUUCCCUUUUGAAUUUAUUUAAACUCAGAUAAAUUAAAGAUCGGCGUCUGAAUCAACUCAGACGGCCUGAAUUAAUUUGAAUUGGUCUAAAUUCUAAUUCGAUUCUGCUCAUGUGAAGUACGGCUUCUGAACCGGCCUUAAUCAGAUUAUCAAGAUGUUACUCUUCUGACUCUAUGGGUUUGACCAUUCAGUCAAAUGAAAGCCAGUACUAAAUAGAAGUACUUUUCUCUGGUACAUAUUCUUGGUGCUUUACGAGAUGGUACUUCUUGGAAUCUUUGACAAUGAAAUCCUUUUACUACUUGUUACGCCCACCCUAAGGAUGAAACUAAGGGUCGCCAAGAAUUAAUAUUGAUAAUGACUGUUACUAUCUUACAGAUUUCUUUGACUUCUGUGGCCAAUCAAACGUCCACAAACGGAGACAGCGACAGUAGCCUCUCUUCAUUUCGUUCCAUUCGUACACUACGAGCACUUAGGCCACUUCGGGCUAUAUCACGAUGGGAGGGAAUGAAGGUAACAAAAAUCUUAAAGAUGUCAACGGUAUUAACGACAUGAGUAUGCCUUGCAACAACAUUGGGUCACGCUAGUUUUAAGCUGUUCGCACUGUACUGGAUAGCUUUUGUUCAAACACAGGAAACGGAGGCUGAUUUCGUCGCGAUUUCUGGGACAGAGCAAAGCUGUGCCGCGUCGAUCACGAAAGUGGAGAGUCACAUAUCGGAUAGGUUUUGUGCCAUACUUUGGUGCAGUGUGAACUCCGUAAAUAGGUAGGAGGGGGGGGCAGAAACCAUUGAGGCGGAAGUAAAUAUUCAUGAGUUAGGACUGGAAUUGAGUGCACCAAACCCUCUCAGCCAACCGUGCUGAAGGCACGAUGUGAACGACUUUUGUCGCCCCGGGCCGUUGCUGUUCAUACUAGGGACCUUAAGAUCCGACGACGCCGACGGCAACAAGAAAGUCACAAAAGCAAUGAGUUAAAUAACCAAAAAAACAAUUUUGCACGUGCAGAACACUUUUUUGAUGUAAAGAAAUGGCAGUGACGUGCUGAAGCUGCACUUUUACGGAUUAAAGUGCAGCAUGUCUCCCUCAUGUGUUCGCUGAUGCUUUAAAGGAGGGAGAAAGACUUGAAACUAUACCAAGAAUCCUUAAGUACUUUAGAAGGGUUCACCUAAAUUUGACAAAGUUAGUGACUUGGAGUAAUCGUAAUGAAAAUUGAAAUAACGCGAAUUCUUUUUUGGGGACGUUUUCUCUGCCGUCGCCGUCCUCGGAUCUUAAGGUCUCUACUCUCCCGGAUUGUACCGGAUAUCUGUUCGUGUUGACACGAAGCUGUUCGUGUUGACACGAAGCACGAAAAGCUGUCCGGUAUAGACUUAUUAUGAAAAUAGCCUUAAAUUAGUGGUUGGACACCCAAAUACAGUAUUACAGCCGGAUAUAAUAAAUUCUCAAAGGAUUGAUAGAAUGUGUUCGCUUUAACAGGGAGACUUUCCCCCGUAGUCUUAUUUCAUACAUUCUGUUGUAACUAAUUGGGCCGGGAGGGAGGGGUAAGCCGUAUAUGGUUUGUUAUACCGGGGACGUUGUUAUACAGCUGGGUUCCACUGCUGUAGCGCGCUACAAACUGUGGUUGGUACUGCUUGGAUGAAUAUCAACAGGUUUUUAAAAUUUCACUGAUACUACGUAUAGAAACCAUCACAAUUUUUAAAAUUCAAAUUCAGUCGUAGUUGCCCUUUUUGAAAUUUGUAGGAAUAGCGGUACUUCAUUCUUCUGAUAACAAUUUAACAUGCUACAUUAAAUCUGUGUUUUUUCGAAGGUUGUAGUGAAUUCAUUACUGUUUGCGAUCCCCGGUAUCGGUAAUGUACUGUUGGUUUGCAUGGUGUUCUGGCUUAUAUUCAGCAUUGUUGGAGUGCAAUUUUUUGGUGGUAGAUUCUUCAAAUGUGUAGAUGGUGAUGGGGAGCGGUUACCUAGCAGUUUAGUGCCAAACAAAAGCGAAUGCAUGCAGAAUGCAGACUAUCGAUGGAUAAAUUCCAACAUCAACUUUGAUAACGUGUUUAAUGGUCUCAUUGCUCUUUUUCAAGUGGUGAGUUCGUUCACGAUUCUUUCUUUGUGUUAUUAAAAAUUUUUCAAGACAAAAGCUCGGGAAACUUUCCUUUAAGGUAACUUGGUAGGCAAGCAACACAUUUUGUAGUAAACGACCACGAAAUAGAACAUCAACAAGGAAAGGCAAUGGAAGAGAGAGAUAAACUCAGGUAAUACCACAGGUUCUCCAGACUCUGCGGGAGUGGUGUGCCUGUGGUAAUACAGUUUCCUGCAUGCUGCUGUUAGCGCUCCGUCUUUGCCUGUGUUUAAGGCCAAAGUUAAAAAUUAUUUUCACCCAACUAGUCCACUGCCUAGCUAAUUAUGACCACCCAUUGCCGCGAUUAGCCUGUGUUAUUGGCAAUUAACUGAUUAAAGAUAAAGGAACAUUAAUGAUAUUAUAACACUAUAUCCGCGUUUGUCUUGACGCUAAAGAAAAUUUGAACUGAGAUCAGGGAGUACUACAAAUACCACAGGCAUAAAGGAAACAGAGGAUUAACACCCUUCAGGCUGAAAUUUGGCCAAAAUAGCACCUAAGAACCGAUUCACCCCGACAAAUUAAGUAUCUUCGACAUUUACUCAGGUACCCACAAGUAAAGCAUUACAGUGCGACUACUAUAACCGGGGCCAUCUAAUAGACAAAGUUGACCAAUCGGAUUACACGAAAAUAACAAUACAUUCCUAAAGAGUUGGUUGUCAAUCACAAUAACCACGAAAUGAAAUAAAAAAUAUGGGUCGAAAUCAACCAAAUACAACCUACAGACGUGAACAUUUGAACCCGCUGGAGAAAGACUGUGUUUCCUGAGAGGUCCGUUAGAGUGAAUGAUGGGGGCAAAAAACGUAAACGUUAGUUAUAUUUUUUUACUUGAGAUCUCAUGUCAUCAAAAAGCGCGGCAAUGGUAGCGAAGAAAUUGCUGGUAGAUGACAAAAUAACAGAUUGGUGUCAAACAAACAUGUAUCCUGGGUUUUAUAUGUAAAGUUUCGAAUAGAAAAAUAUUGUCUGUUGAAACAUUUUGCUUUCUUCAAAAAUGUUUGCUUUUAAAUUUCGUACUUCGAGUACCUUAUAUUUUUUGCGAGCUGCUGUUUGGCCCACAACUAACUUUCUUGGAAUGUAUUGUUAUUUUCCCGUAAUCUGAUUCGUCAAUUUUGUUUAAGUGAUCGCGCUGUAAGGUUGGUAUGAGGCGAGUUACGAACUGUCAUAAUUACUUUUUAGGCCACGUUUGAAGGAUGGAUGGAGAUCAUGCGAGAUGCCAUUGACGCCAGGGAGGUACGAGAAACGCACAAUUUGAUGUUCAUUUUUUAGCACAUUUGACACUUUAAAUUAUUCGAGAUCAUAUAUACUUAUUUAUAAAAUAGCAAAGAUAGUACGCGCGCUCUGAUUGGCCGAGAGGCGGGUCUGCAUGAGAGUAUGUAAACAUGGUUGUGACGUCAAGAUGUUUUGCUUUUCGCGCGCUAAUCACGUAAGCACGAAUUUGAAAAAGUUUUUGACUUCAAAACUCGACAAGGUUACUUUAUUUACCCAUUCCUUCGUCGGCUGAAACUUGGAAAAUCUUUAUAAACAAGCUGUGUCAAUUUUUUUCGCUAAAGCUAACAUUUUAAGCGAGAAAAAUCCGUAUUUUGGAAAGCAUCUUUUUGCAAAACAAGAACUGAUUACGCGUGCAAGACUUCGUCAGGGGCACCCAACGAGAAUAUAGUUCAAAACCACUUAAACAUAGCAUUGUUAAACGUAUUUUAGUAUUUAAAAGGUAUAUAUAGGCAUAUUUUUAUCCCCUAUAAAUUUUUCAUCUGUUCGGAUUUCCUAGCUGAAAGUCUAGUGAUCCGAAAAUUGUAGGGAUCAAAACUUACCUUUUCGAAAAUUUCAGCCAGAAAAAAGGCUCCCGAAAAUUCUAGGUGACCUUUCGAGGGUAAAAAUCCGUUAAAAAAUGGGCAAUUAUAGUAGUUUUUAGAUGUUCGAAAAUCCUAGGAGAGAGAGGCAUGCAAAAAAAUUUUACAACAAAUGUUCCGAAAAUUCUAGAUCUCAAAUCGUCUUCGGAACAGAUAUUUUCCGAAAAUUGUCGUUGGGUGCCCCUGCUUCGUGUACAAGACUUUAAGACUGGUAAGAAUUUCUGUUUUAAUCAGUACCAUAACAAACAGUAAACAAAGAGUUUUUGAGUUUUUUCUCAGUAAAGUUAUUUUAUAAAAGCAAUAGAAAACUUUUUUCCUGUGUUUGCAUAGCCUGAUAUAAACACUCGAGGGGUUGGGAGAAUUCUCGACAGUUAUGCAAACCCUCGACUUCGUCUCGGGUUUGCAUAACUGUCUCGAAUUCUCCCAACCCCUCGAGUGUUUAUAUCAGGCUAUGCAAACACGGAAAACGUUUUCUGUUGCUUAAAUAUUGAAAUGGUGAUAAAAUUAAUGUUACUAGACUUAUAACCCAUUUUCCUCUCUCUUCACAAUAAAUGGAUAUUCAUUUUUAACGUGAUAUCGUGGACUGAAUAUGAAGGUAACUGACGCACACCAAAGAACUUUACAGUGCAACUACUCGAACCGGGACACUUGAAAGAAGAUUGUUCAAUCGCAACGAUUUCUGAAAACAAAAUAUUUUCAGUUUUUUCUUUGCAAAAAGACCAAUAACAUUCCUAAAUUUGAGAGCUGUCUUCUGAGAGGUCGGGUAAGUUCAAACGGUUUUAAAGUUUUUAACGAUUACAUAGUUGUAUCUUGAAAUUCAUUGGUCCGUGUGCAAAGAAAAAACGGAGAAUAUUUUGUUGUCAAAAAUGGUUAUGAUUGGAAAAUCUUCUCCCAAGUGCCCCGGUUCGAGUAGUCGCACUGUAAAACUUGAACCCGGUCGCAAACACUAUGAUUGUUCUGAUAUUCUUAGGACUCUUUAGUUUUAAAGAGCAAGUCCAGUUAGUCCAGACAAAUUUUGAUUUCGCACUUUCUCCUAAACCUGACGUCUGUUUCGUCCAAGUGAAGAAAGAAAGAUGGUACUCGUUAGUUUUACACAAUACAGUGUAAGCUCUCCCAUCCUCGGAGACCCAGGGGCUGUUAGCUGGUCCGGAAAAACGGCGGCUAAAGAUUUCACCAAAGACGGGCGAGAGAGCCCCUGGAAUGCUACUCUUAACAAACCAGUUCCACUACUCAUUCGAACGCUUAUCUCUGAUUGGGCACAAGAAAUAUUUUUGUGCCCAAUCGAAGGCCAGCAUCUAUCGCGCUACUUUCGUGUACGAAGAUGUUUACCAGCAAAUUCGACUGUUCGCCAUACACGUCUGGCUCUCUUAAUUGUUCUUGAAAACUUUCGCAGUUUUUUCCCCACCCAACAAACCGCCCCGGUGGCUCCUCGCGAACACCUGUCUAUUGUUGGAUCCAAAGUCGGCUGGCUGCGGUUGACCUGCUAAUAUGUCCCUUUGGUGUCCGUGUCAAAGAGCUUCGACUGUACUAAGGUGUUGUUUCUUUCUUCAGCUCGACGAACAGCCAGAAAGCCAACACAGCUUUGCUUCUUAUUUGUACUUUGUGGUGUUCAUUAUCGUUGGCUCAUUCUUUACUUUGAAUCUCUUUAUUGGAGUCAUCAUCGAUAACUUCAAUCGGCUCAAGAAACAGGUAAAACAAAGUUAACAAACUUUAUAGAGCUUGUUUGCCGUUUGUCUCACUACAGUCACUUUUUCAUUCUUAUUUGUGGCGUUUCGACCGCGUAGUGCUGGUCCUCAACAGGCGAUCGCGUCGAAUUUCUGUGCAGGACUUGGGUGAGAUUCGUAUCGCACAAGCACGAUGGUACCAUAUGCAUAGAAGAAAAAAAAAAGAAACACGAUACUGCGGCAUGGCACACUGACACCAUCGCCUGAUGAAGACCAGCUACACGCGGUCGAAACGUCGCGAACAAUAACUAGGGAACUAUCGUGAGGCAAACACUAAACUGACGAGCCAUAUCAUACACAUGACGCGAUGAAUAAAAAACUUUCAUAACUUUCCAUUUAACGUUUACGCUGCUGUCUUGAAAAGGUGUCGUCUCUGGCUUGUGUCUAAGGAAGGUAAAGGAAUGUCCCCCGACAAGAGAUCUCUUGUGUAUGCCCAUAUCAAUGAUCAUUUUAAGACAAUUUCUCUUUAUUUCUGCUAAUAUAUAGUUUUUUUAAAAUAACAAUGUGAUUGCAUUGCAUGCCCUUGUGGUUCAAGAUUCUUUCGGCCUUUUUUCGGGCGUCCAUGGCCAAUCAAGACCGCAUUUCAGUUUCGCAGGGACGGAAUAGUCCCUGAUGACAAAUAAGGAGGGGUUGCGCGUUGCCUUCAAAUCAAUAUCUAUAACGCGUUGGCUGUAAUUUCUCCGAAAAGUACUGAUAAGAAUCAUAAACACAUAUCAUCGUAGUACUUUCGCAAUUUUUUCAUUGCUCAAUUCUUCUACAGUACGAGGACAGUGGCGCACUAGACAUCUUCCUGACACCGUCCCAAAAGGCUUGGUUCAACACUCUGAAAAAAGCAGCCAAUAAGAAACCUAAGAAAAUGAUCAGCCGCCCAAAGGUUAGUACUUCAUCAUGUAAAACUUUCGACUGUUAGCGACGUGAGUCCUUGACUUAAUGCAUCUAAUUUAUAUACAACUGUUAUGUUUUCCUUCGUACUAAUCAAUUAAUCCGAUCUCUAGUUUUAUUGAAGCUCGUUUACGGGACCGGGAGGUCUAGAUAAAUGACAAACCACAAAAGAUGGAUUAAAUCGGAUGUGAGCAACUGCCCAUAGCCGCUUUAAGGAAGUUUUCAAAAGAUAAAAUCCUAUGUUGAAAAGUUCAAGAAAGUCUUAUUGGGCCCAGCAAUAAAUUCAAAAACUGCAUAACCACUUGCAAAAACCUGCAGAUAGGGGAGGAGGUAGGGUGAGUGGAUGCUAACACAAAGUCACGUGUCUAUCGUUCGAGGGGGUAAUGACAAUUGACCAAUUACCUUAGCCCGACCCAUAACAAUGAGAUGCGGUUAUAAGCAACUCGACAAACCAAAAAUUUCUUUCCUUAUCAAUUAACUCAAAGCACUACGAGAAAACAUAAAAAUCCUAUUUGCCCGCAAUUUUUCUUGUAUGCCACUUCACUGAAGACACAGGAUAAUACAGAUGUAGAUAUGGAAAUUUGUCUUUUGACCAUAGCUAAACGGCGCCUGGGAUAUCUUGGUCUUGCCAGCCAUGAUCGCGGUUACCUUUCGGGAGAUGAACAGCUCUGACAGCUCUAGCUAGUACAUUCUUUUUUUUCAGUUCUCCUUUUACACAAAAACUACGUCGCUGUAAUCUAUGAUCUAUACCUAAGAAUCUGUUUAUAACAUCCCAAUAGAUGUGCGUCUCUUUUUUGCAUUUUAGGUGUGGUGGCAGGCUCGUCUGUUUGAUAUCAUUCACAGCUCUAAAUUUGAGACAGCAAUAAUGUUGCUGAUUUGUCUUAAUAUGUUGGUCAUGAUGAUUCAGCAUUAUGGGCAAAGCCAACAAGUCAACUUGACCAUGAAUAUCCUUUUAUUUUGUUUGUUUUUUAGCAUAGUAGUGUACCCGCAAGCCUUACGCAGUCAGUUUUGUCAUGCUCUAGAGUAUAGACAAUGAAUGACGGGGAAAUGAUUGUGCAAUUUUUUCUCGUCUUGCCUCAAGGGUAAUUUUUAGAAUUUUAAGAGAAAAGGCCGACGGAAUUAAGCGUUCAAAAAUUGCACCGUUUUUGUAAACAACAAGUUGACCGCAACAUUCCAUUGUCUACACUCGUAUAGAUCAUGAAAGUGACAUUAAAAUGUUCAAAACUUUCAAGUGAAACUACUCGCCUGCGGCUUCUACUUGAUUUUAUGAACAUUGACGUCUUAUUCUAUAAUCUAUGAGUGAGGAAUGUAGAUAUUUAUACGACAAACUGAGGUCACUGAGGGUGUGAACGUGUCCCUGUAUCUAUCGCACGUAAUAGCUUUUACCAUUUCACAGUCAAACAGUCCACACGGAGUAAUCAUGAGAAAGUUGGAGCCAUGACUUUGUACAACUCAAUAAACAGCAUCACAACAGUUCGGAUAGUGUUACUUAUAGUUUUCGGCUGAGCAUUUUAUACACUCACCACUCAAACGUUAGAACCAUCUCAGUGUACAGUGUAAUAAUCUAUACCAAAGGAAACGUGGGCGGACUGUAAGCUCACCGCGGCUUACAUUUAGCUGCUAUGAAACAGGAUUUCUUCCACGAACAGACCUGACAGACUCAAAAUCUAGAACUAACAAAUAGAGUGCAUGGGAUGGCAUUUUAAAACAAACAAAGCUGGAACAACCUUAACUCCUAUCCCGAUAUUUCUCGGGUCCUCACAUAUAAUAAAUCUCGUAUUUACCGCGAUAUUUACCUUGGAGGCAUUUGUCAGGAUUAUAGCUCUUCGCCUGCAUUAUUUCACACAGCCGUGGAAUAUCUUUGAUUUUACCAUCGUUAUUCUAUCAAUUAUAGGUAAGUUUAUAAAUAGAAUGUCAUAGUAAAAGCAAUUGAUGGCUGUGGUCGUUACUUAAUCACUUGCUUUCAACUUCAAUAUAUAUUUUACAACAUUUUGCUUAGUAUUUUCAACUUCUUUUGGUCUUUCUGCGGUGGAAAAAGUGUUUUCUUUAUCGUUGAGCCUCCCGUUGGUGACCACCAAAAUUGCUGCCAGACUUAAGCGCGGUCGCUUAAGGGACUUAGUCGCUUACUAGAGAUUGCAACUGUAGUGCUGAAAAAAAUAAUUGGUGUUCUGGAUAGUGAUGAAAUAAAACCCAUUGUUUCACAAAAACACUUAAAAUAUCCUUUAUUUGCAUCCAUAUUUGAGAGAUUUGCAUGAUAAGACGAAAAACAAAAAAAAAACGAAGUUACGACAAAAUAUGCGAUUCACUCCACACCUGCUUUCAUGGCAACAAUCCUCCUUCGUAUCCCAUACUCCAGAAUUGAGCUGUUCUGUUUUGCUCUUUUAGAAUCUUUAUUGUCCAAUUUAGUCGCACCUCUGGAGUCAUGUGGCAUGGCUGAUAUUAAAAUAUGGCGAACUUUGUUCAUACGCGUUCCUGCAACGUGGGUCUAAAGUACAAGUUAUUUUAUAUUCAAUAAAGCUGCUUUUAAAACCACAAAGUUUGUUUCGCGCAUCGAUACUCCAAUAACAUACUUAUUUGGUGUUCUUUAUAGCAGGUCAAGUAAACACUUGACAUUUAUUGUGAAAUGUGGUGCUUAAGAGCAUUCCAUUAGUGAUGUAUUUUCAGUGUUUAUUAGCGAGUCAGUCACCCAUUCCCGCAACUGUGCUGAGCGAGUUUUCUAAAAACUGAAUUGAAGUGAUUGAAGAAUGCUAAUGAUAGGUUCUUUUACCGUACCCUCAGUUUUUGGACCGGAGUUUAACUUCACUGCAUAUUGCAUUGCAGUAACUGAAUGUUUCUUAAAGUUUUUCUCGAGUGGCCCGGUAUACGUAGUCAAUAUUUUUCGAAAAAUAUUGCUCAUUUAAGGGAUUUACUUAUCUCUGGUUUGUUCUAUUAGGACGUAUCACGCAUCCAAAACUAAAAACGGCAAAACUACUGUUCUGAACAACCUUUCCCCUUAUUAUUAUAUUAUUUUGAAAAAGUGGAGAUUUGAAGUAAGUUGAAUCCCUCAUCUGUCGAUGAAAUAUUAUUAAUUUUCAAACAAAACGAAAACAACAGAACACGUAUUGUUAUGACAUCGGCAUGAAAUGACGUGCACUCACCGCUCCAAAGACUGAACAUGACCUGAUGAAUGAAAGUUGACUAUGCCGUGAUGUAAAGGAAUCUAUUUUGUCAAAAAACUAUUUUUAUUGAUCUUUCUGUGUUCAUUAUGACGGCUUGAGUAACCCUGAGACUAGAGAGGAUAGAGGUUCCAGCAGCCAGCAGAGGCCUCUUGUCCCUGAUAUUCAGCUGGCGGGGAAGCCACCGACGCAAAUACCAGGGAGAAGAGCCCUCUGCAUGCUAGCGGAAAAUAUAGUUGAGGCGGUAAAUGUCGUACGUUCCUGGAGUAACCAGGGGGAAGAAGGGAAGUGAAGGCCUUUGUGGGAAUUUUAGGAAAGGUGGAGAAGUUGGCAGGCAUGGAAUAGCAGUGUGGGAGACGGCAGCAACCUAGAAAUUAGGAAAACGACGUCACUAGCAAAGAGGCCGAUCAUACUGACUUGGUCCACGGUCCUCUCUUAUCCGAUUCAAAGUGGUCACGGAAAGGUCGCGAGUCUGCGAAUGAUUUUUUAUCUAUUAAGGUUUUCUUCACAUGAGACCGGUUUUCGAGAUCUCGCCUUCUAAAUCCUUUGUAAAUCCUUUGUAAUAUGUGUUCAUAUGAGAGGGCGUGGUUGAGGCCCUAACUUAACUAACGAUACCACAAACAGUACAAUACAUUAACUGGCCUUAAAAAAAACUAAUUAACAAUAGUAGUGAGCUGACUGCCAUCGUCGGAGACCCAAGAGCAGUCAGUCGGGUCGAGAGAAAAGGCCGUGCUUGAAAACUUUCGUCUGGCCCGACUAACCGCCCCUGGGUCUCCGAGGAUUGCUGACUACAAGAAUAGGCCAAUUGCAAUAUAUUAAAAUUCAUACUUGGUUCCGAGGCUUGGAGGAAUAAAACAAGUGAAAGAAAUUAUCUUGAGGCUCAGCAAAGAAUGAUACAUUUCUCUUUUGUUUUAUUCCCCAAGCCUCGUAGCCAAGCAUGAAUUUUAAUAUAUCGAAAUUGGUCAACAAUACAUAAUACGAAAAGAAACAAAGAGAAAAAAAAAUAAAGGGGUGAAAAUGAAAAAAAAAUGAGAAUGAAAAAUUCCUUAAAGAUCACAUGGAAAGCUGUUAGUUGAACACGAUUCCUUUAAUGGACUAUUAGAAAACUUCAUUGACGAGUUAGACGAAAGAAAACAAUGUCAAAAAUGCUAUUCAUGUUUGAAAAUCAUAACGUCUCAAAAGAAGAAGAAGGUCGUUUGGGAACGAGUAGUAGUUUUCCUAAUGCUUCUUCUUCUUCUUCUUCCUCUAAGAAGAAUAACAUUGAGGAGAGUUUAUUUACGCCACUUCUUCGUACUAGAGACUUGUUCGUAACAUUGAAGUUUAAAUUGGGACUCAAGGACCUUCAAAAACAUUUUUAGCCGAGGGGUUUUGUUACUGGUUCUUUAGCCUCAUGAUGUGGGGUGUGGCUAGCAGCAAAUUUGUCAGCGAUUGAUGGGAGGCAUAGAGUGAGAACACUUGGUAGCGUCUGAGGUUACCGUGUUUACAUAGGCCAAUGGACAUGAGCAAAAGACAGAUACUAACUUCAGUUCUGCCUUACAGCAAGUUUUCUGAAAGCAACAGUUACUGAUUCGGCCGAUUGUCUCUUAUCAGACUGCUCAAAUGCACCAGUCAGUUUACAGUUGAACCUCUAUUAAGCGGCUAGUAAUCAAAGUCCUGAAAUAAUUAUAGAAAAGAAUGGGAACUGAAACCUAUAUUAACGGUCAUCGCGCGCUUGAUACAUUUAGUUUGGCUUUAUUUCAAGAAUAUGAUAAAGGAAAAUACAGUCUGUCAUAGGAGUUGAUGACCGACUGUGGACCAGUAAUGCUGCUCCCGUCGCGUGUUUGUUUAGUAAGUAAGAAAGUAAGUUUAUCAAAUCUCCAGCCAGUGGCUCUUUCGAUUUAAUUUACAAUAAUUAGAAAUCAAAUAAAAACUACUUAUAAAAAUUACAAUAAUAUCAUGAUAAAAAAACUAAAUUCAAAUAAAUAAAUUAACCUAUUCUAAAAAUUCUAAUCCUAAAAAUUGCUACGAACUAUUAUAUAUUUCGCGCCUUACUGCGCGCUUGAAAACUGAGAGUGUUGCGCUAUUUUUCGUUACUUCACUUAUAAGAGAAUUCCAAGCAGUGAUUGCUCUGUAACUAAAGGACCUCUGUGCUGUGUUUCAAAAUAAAGUGAUGUUUCUGCUAAAGAUUAUGCUCAUGCUAUGCUAAUUUAUAACGAACCUCUAGUGAGCGGCCAACCGCCAUUAAUCGGCCACUUGCCGUUACCUCAACUGUAUUUCAUUUUACAUUUGUUCUUAAGCCUUUGUCUGUUUGGUUUCAGGUAUCAUUCUAGAAUACCUUGACUACAAGUUAUUCGUCACUCCGAGUUUAUUUCGCGUGGCACGAGUGUUCAGAAUAGGUCGACUGCUGCGCUUUUAUAAAGGAGCACGUGGGAUUCGCAGGCUUCUCUUCGCUCUUGUCAUCUCUCUACCAGCACUGUUCAAUAUUGGAGCUUUGUUAUUUCUCGUCAUGUUCAUUUACGCCAUAAUUGGCAUGUCAUCGUUUGGUUAUGUCAAGAAGACUGGCACACUUGACGACGUGGUAAAUUUUGAGACGUUUAGCAGUAGUAUGCUUCUUUUGUUCAGACUUUCUACAUCUGCAGGAUGGAACGAUGUUCUUGAACCCUUAUUAAUUCAGCCUCCUGACUGUGACGAGAAUUAUAUGGGACAACCGAAUGGAAAUUGUGGAAUUCCAUGGCUUGCUACUUUAUACUUUGUCUCGUUCAUACUUUUGACUUUCCUAAUCAUCAUCAACAUGUAUAUAGCUAUUAUCUUGGAGAACCUAAGUCAAGCUCAUGAACAGGAUGAAGUUGGAAUCACGGAUGAUGAUCUAGAAAUGUUUUAUGCGCUGUGGGAACGUUACGAUCCAGAUGCCACUCAAUACAUUCUUCAUUCACAGUUAUCUGACUUUGUCGACAAUCUUGAACCGCCUUUGAAAAUUCCUCAACCUAAUAAAUUUGCGUGUAUUCAUUUGAAUAUUCCUAUUAAGCAAGGAGAUAGAAUUCACUGUUUCGAUGUCAUGCAAGCUUUGGUACGACGAGUUAUUGGAGAAAUCGAAGAGGAGGGUUCGGUUGCGUUUACUCUUAUGAAGUCCCGGAUGGAACAUCAUUUUAUCAGCGCAUUUCCAAAACGCGCAAGAACGCAAACCGAAAGUACAACAUUGAAAAGAAUUCAAGAAAUUCGUGCCGCUACAAUCAUUCAGCGCUCCUACAGACAGUACCGCUUCCAGUUAGAAUUGAGAAAAUUUAGGCUUCAAAAAAGUCACCAUUUCGAACACACUGCAUCUUCUGGUUCCUUGAAAGAAGAUUGGCAGCCCGGUAUCCAAGUUGCAGUGCAUGAACGGCAACAGCCUGAGAACAAGUCGCGUGACACUUUAACUAUUACCCCGGAUGAAAGGAGGGCGUGAUUAAGCAGAGUCCUCGCGCUGGCUUGCGAAGACCAAAACAAUAGUCAAUUGGGGUAGCUUUAAAGCUGCAACUAUAAAGCUGCCUUGCAAAUUUAGAUGAGUGUUAAAUUUUUAUUGGUUUUUACAGUCAGCUUUUGAUUAGCCAAGACAUUUUUUGAAUGUGAAAGAUUUCCUUUCAAUUGCCUACAAUUUAAAUCGUUCAAAAUUAUACUACACCCUUGAAUUGGAUGUUGGAAAAGAAGUUAAAUUUUAAAUUGCCCUUACAAAUUUAAAGCCCUCGAAGCGAUAGAAUCUAAAAUAUUUUUUGAACGAAAUGGACUCGAUAAACUUACAACUACGAGCGUCAUUUCAGCGUGAG